AUGGACAACGAGCUUAUCACUGCCUUGAUCGAGCGUUGGAGGCCUGAGACACACUGUUUCCACCUACCAGUUGGAGAAGUUACCGUAACCUUACUGGAUGUGCAAAGCCUGUGGGGUUUGAGAGCAGACGGUCGUGUUUUCACUGGCCGUGACUACCCUAACGGAUAUGAAGAUUGGCCCAACAAGUGUCGAGAUAUGUUGGGAUGGAUACCUGACGGAGAAACAGAAAUGAAGCAGGGCGGUUUGUUAAUAACAUCUCUUAUCCACCAAGCGACGAUACCUUUGGGCGAUGGGCUGCAUGAUUAUGCAUACAUCCAAAGGGCACGUAUACAUGCCUUGAUCUUGUUAGGGGGGCUUAUUAUACCGGACACCACAGGGUGCAAGGUCCCCUGUAUGUGGUUAAAUGCCUUUGACUAUCCGGCCGAAGUGUCUACUAUCAGUUGGGGUAGUGCUGCUUUAGCAUUUCUGUAUCAUUACUUAUGCAAGGCUUCUGUAGGCAGGCAAAAAAGAGAUGUGGGUGGACCUAUGGUUCUUUUGCAGCUAUGGGCGUGGGAAAGAAUGGCCACAUUGAAGCCAUCUUUUUUGAUAUCACCUAUGCACACGCCGUAUACCCCGUGUGGAGCCAAGUGGCACGGAAUUACUGAAAUUGGAAAUGCUCCCCGAUAUUCAAUAGCUCAUUAUCGUGAUCAAUUAUCACUAAUUCGUCCCGACCAGUUUCUGUGGAGACCGUAUGCAGAUUGUAUCCUGCCUGAUUACUGCAUUGAUUCGACUGCAUCCUUCUUGUGUGACACUUACCUGGUGUGCUGGUCAUUUUUCGAGGCACACGAGGCUGGACGAGUUUGCCGACAAUUUAACCGCUACCAGCGUAUUCCUGAGUAUUGUGAUAGGAUGCUACGUAAUGCCGGUCAUUUGUGUAAAAGUCACCGCCGUGGGAGGAAAGGCGCUGAUUGGGCAAAGAUACAUAAAUUCUUCAUUGAUGAAUGGGAUUUGAGAUACGACAGGUUCCAAUCAACUUUUGACCAUGCAACAGUGACCAUGGAUGGUCACAUUAAUCCGGACUAUAUGGCAUGGUACAAUAGGAUCACAGUGUCGUACCUAGUUCAACCUGGGAUACAGUCAACUGAUGGGAUGAACGAGUCAGCCUCUUCUAUGAAAAAAAUGGUUGAGACCCUUCAGGGGAUAUGGCAUUUGACCUCUGAACAUGACAUAGACCCUCGGUUACGGCAGAUUCGAGAAAUGGCUGCUGAGGCCCUUCGUGCGAUGAACCAUACUGAUGUGAUGGAGUAUCCAACUUUGCAACGGUGA